AUCAUUAGUUUGGCUUUGCCAUUCGUGAACCAACGGCACCUGCCCCUCGGGUGUAACAUGAAACUAUCGCAUCUGAUUAGUUGGUCGGUAAUACUGACAUUUAACAGUGGUCAUCCACUGCCUAAAAUGAGCGCCCGUCUGGACGGAUUCGAAUCCGUAAACGGGAGUUUCACCGAUUUUACAAAGAUGCGAGUAAGAAGAUUUAACCAAACCCACACAGUGCUCAACGGCACUUUCGAAGUUCUGAGGAAUUUGGGAGAGACGUUGGAGUCUGGUGUUAUCUGUGACCGAAGCGCUAUGAGAAGUAACCUAUUGCAAAGGACACCCUUCAAGUUGCCCUUCACACCCUUCUGUGAUCACAUGAAAACUAGAUAUCGCUACUUUCAACGGAUGUACAGUAACUACACCAAUAUGCCUCCGGUACCCCCGGAAGGGCUGUGUCCAUUUCCGAAGGGUUCUUACUGGAUUAAAGAUCUGCUGGUCAAUAACUCGAUGGUUCCGAGGAUGAUACCCGAGGGUUUUUGGCGGUGCUAUUUAAUGAUACGCGACAGUACUAUUGGACUGAUCACGGAUUGCGUGCAGGUGUUUUUUACCCUUACCAACGAGUUGCAUUAG